AUCCCUGAAAAGUAUUUCUGGGCAUCAGCUUCUCUUUUCACAUUCCUCAAUGAAAACAUCGAGAACGCAGAAUACGACGACGACGCUAUCGCUUAUAGCUUCCCGGAAGAUGAAGUACGUAUCACUCAUGCAGCUUCCAAAAUACUUGACAAAAACGAAAAAGACGUAACAAUCGAAGAAAUUGAAGAAGUCGGUAAAGUUAUCGACAAAUUAUUAAUAGGUGAUAUAUAUGGACAGACAAACAUUCAAGAAGAUAAUUCUCGGGGAAAAAGUAAAGUAAACCACGAUUAUAAGACAGCAGAGAUUGGUGACAUCAUACUUUUUGAAACACUUAAUCCAGAAGAUGGUCCUGACCAUGUUGGUAUCGUAAUAGACAACAACGUAGAUGCAGGUAUUCUUACAUUAAUAGAGGGUAAUACAGAUAAAAUGGAGUAUAAGUUGUCUGAACUUAUCAAAACCAGACAAUACUACAUAUCUGAUUUCUAUCAAAAAAUAGGUGUUUCUGCAAAUCAGAACAUGAAAAAAGAACGUUUAACAGACGAUGAAAGUCAACUGAUUGAUAACGUAUCUUGUGUAGACUUCAACCACAUUCUCUCAUAUCUUAACGAAUCCGCCAAAAAAGCUAACAAAUUAUUUGGUCUUAAUCUGUCGUUUGAAUUAAACGAAGAUAAAGACGAUACGGAAGAUGAGAAAGACACUGAUGAUAAGAAAGAAGAAGAGAAAGAGGAAGAGGGAAAGUCCAGUCAACUGGACAAUGAUGAUGAUAAGGGAGAUGAUAAGAGUGAGUAG